AUGCGCGCUCGCUGCAGGUGCACCGAGACUCCCCCUCCCUUCUGUGAGUGCUCGGCGCGCAUGCGCUACCUGCCCCCAGCCCUCUCCCGGGAGCGGCAGGUGCCAGGCGCAGCUCGGCGUUCUGUGGGGCGGCUCCUCCCCGCUCCUGGGUGUGUGUGAGGAGGAGGCGGCUCGGCGGCGGCAGCAGGUUGUGGCUGGGAGGCUGGGCUCGGAACUGCCCGGGUUCUCCCCCUCCCCCCACAGCGCGCCCGGGGACACAGACCGUCUGGCGGCAUGAACCGGACCCACCGCAGCGCUGGGGGUAGCCGGGGCCUCGGCACCAUGGAAGUGAAGAGCAAGUUUGGAGCUGAAUUUCGACGGUUUUCUCUGGAAAGAACCAAACCUGGAAAGUUUGAGGAGUUUUAUGGAUUAUUGCAGCAUGUGCACAAGAUCCCCAAUGUUGAAGUUUUAGUUGGGUAUAUAGACAUUCAUGGAGAUCUGCUGCCUAUCAACAAUGAUGACAAUUAUCAUAAAGCAGUUUCCACAGCCAAUCCUCUGCUCAGGAUUUUCAUUCAAAGAAAAGAAGAUGCGGAUUACAGUGCCUUUGGUACGGAUACUAUGACAAGGAAGAAAAAUGUCUUAUCAAAUGUGUUGCGUCCGGAUAACCACAAAAAGAAACCACAUAUUGUCAUUAGCAUGCCGCGAGACUUCAGACCGGUGUCGUCUAUUAUUGAUGUGGACAUUCUCCCAGAAACCCAUCGCAGGGUGCGACUUUACAAAUAUGGAACUGACAAACCACUUGGAUUCUAUAUACGGGAUGGCUCUAGUGUCAGAGUAACACCACAUGGAUUGGAGAAAGUACCAGGGAUUUUCAUAUCCAGACUUGUUCCUGGAGGCCUGGCUCAAAGCACAGGCUUACUGGCUGUUAAUGAUGAAGUACUGGAGGUAAAUGGAAUAGAAGUCUCAGGGAAGAGUCUUGAUCAAGUUACAGACAUGAUGAUUGCAAAUAGCCGUAACCUGAUCAUUACAGUGAGACCAGCAAAUCAAAGAAAUAAUGUUGUUAGGAACAGUAGGACUUCUGGGAGCUCAGGUCAGUCUACUGAUACUAGUCUUCCAGGUUACACACCACACACUGUGCAGAACUUCCAUCCAGAAGAAGACGACAGUGAUGAAGAUGACAUCAUUAUUGAAGAUAAUGAUGAGCCACGGCAGAUUCCAAAAGCUGUCCCUACCAGUGAGAGUCUGGAAUCAUUAACGCAAAUUGAACUCCUUCAUGAGUCAACACAAAAUGGUUUCAUUCCAUUUAGUGAAGUAAACUUAUGUCAUUCAGCAGGCAAUGUUAACAUGGAGUAUGAAAUACAUGAUCCAGACAAAAAGUCCUUAGAAGAUGGGACAAUUAUAACAUUAUGA